UACGUGGAUUUUAGACGACUUUCACGACACCGACACGACAAACAAAUUAGAAAAUUAACAAAUGUUAGUAGUGUAAACAGUAAACAAUUCACAAUAACAACUAGGAUAUGAAAGCAAACGUUUGACAACAACAAAAUUAAUAUAAAUUUAUAUUUUCUACAAUAACUGCAAAACGGUCUAUCACAUUAAAUGCGCCUGACUCAGAGCUGCAGAUAAAACGAAAAGAAACCAGCAAAAGAGAGAGGCACAAACAAUACGCUCGAUAAUUAUUAAUUAUUGAUAAUGGCACCCACACGCAGGCCCAGCGACGGCCUGCUGGCGCGAGUCAAUUUUCCGCUCUACGCGGUGGACAUGCUCACCAGUCGCCACAUUUUGGUUGCCGGCGGCGGCGGUUCCAGCAAAACAGGCGUCGCAAAUGGCUUUGAAAUCUACGAGCUGUAUCACAAUGGCAGCCACUUUUGUGCGGAGGAGGUGCUGCGCCACGAGACGGGCGCCAAUGUGGUCAUGAAUUUUGCGGUUCGCAACAGCGGACGGCGAGCGUAUCUGUGCGCCGGCCAGGAGGCGCACUGUCAAAUGUAUUUCGUUCAGCCACGCAUCGCAUCCGAGGAUGAAACGGAUCGGGACAGAAAGCCAGCGCCAGUCGAGCGUCCGCAUGAGAAUGGUGUGCGGCAGCGGGGCGCAUCACAUUCCGGCGUGGAGGCGCUACCCAAUGGCCAUAACAGACCCAGCAACAACAAACCGGCCACUGCUGACGAUAUCCUAAAGCAGUUCCAGCGUCUGCAUUUCGAUAUCCAAGCGGCGGAUGUGGUGCAAACGGAUUUCCUGAGCAGCGCAGAGCCGUUGCAGCGCGUGGUGCGCAUCAGUGGCAAUGGACAGCUGAUGGCCACGGGCGGCACGGACGGGCAGCUGCGCAUCUGGAGCUUUCCACAGAUUAAGCUGAGCGCCCAGCUGGCGGCGCAUACUAAGGAAAUCGAUGAUCUGGACUUUAGUCCCGACUGCAAAUAUAUUGUGAGCAUUUCGAAGGAUGCGCAGGGCAUCGUUUGGGAUCUGAGCACGGGCAAGCAGCAUCACAAGCUGCAAUGGCAAACGCCAGAGGGUGCCAAAUAUUUGUUCAAGCGCUGUCGCUAUGGCACCGUGGAGGCGCACAAGGAUAACUACAGGCUCUACACCAUUGCCAAUCCAUUCGGCAAGGUGGGCAAGCAACGUGGCUAUCUGCAGCAAUGGGAUUGCGCGAGCGGUCAGCUGCGCGCCGCGGUGCCCAUUGACGAGAGCCUGUCCUCUCUGGCCGUCAGGGACGAUGGCAGAUUUGUGGCCGUGGGCACCAUGUUCUCGGGCAGCGUAUCCAUGUACAUAGCGUUUAGUCUGCAGCGUGUGCUGCACAUUCCCCAUGCUCACUCAAUGUUUGUGACCGGACUACAGUUUCUGCCCAUUACCAACGAGGAGGGACCGCCCAUCUCCAGCGAUACCGAGGCAGCUGUGCUCUCCAUAUCCGUGGACAAUAAAGUUUGCAUACACAGCCUGCCGCAGCGGCGCACAAUUCCCGCUUGGCUUGCCAUUCUCUUCAUGAUCGUCAUGAUAUUUGUGGUGUUUGUGUUCUGCUCGUAUAUUGGCAUCUGAAGACUGCCUGGUCGACCAGCUAAAUCAAUUUGCAUUAUUAGUUCAUAAACAAUGUUUAGUUUUGCAAUAGGCUACACCCUCCUCACCAUCACCUACACGAACCUAGCUCCCACUAAUUAUUUUAAGUGUAUAGUUGUUUUUUUGUGUCGGCUGCCUUAUCUCCUACACUCACUGUAGCUUUCGUUAUUGUAUCAUAAUUUUGCUUCGAUUAUCUCAAAUUUAUCGUUCAUAAUUGUUAUAUGACAGUAACUAGCUUGCAAUCGAAUUGAUAUUUGAUUAUUAUAAAAAAAUAUAAAUUAAAACAGGUGAAUGAACUGCA